UUCUGGAUACUAGCUUUGGAUGCCUAAAGUUUUUUUUUUUCCCCUCCUCUUCUUUUUGUUUUAUUAUUAUUAUUAAUUAUCAUCAUCAUCAUCAAUUAUUUUUGGAAGGGGUGGGGGAGACAAGGAGGGGGAGAUUUCUCGCCGCUACCAACGUGAGAUUUAUGAUUAUUAUUAUUAUUAAUUAUUAUUAAUUUUUCCUCUCGGGGCGAAGGAUUCAUGCUGAUGUCUGCAGAGUCGGUUAGAGAGUAAAAACAGCGCAUGCCUUCCUUGGAGUCAGGAUCCGUAAAUUCUGACGUAGCCUGAGCAUCUUUAAAAAAAAUCUCUUAUCCUAACGCCUGAGCAUUUUCUUUUUAAAGUUGCUAUGGUCAUUCUGAUCUCAAAGCAAAUGGAGCCACUACGGAUUUUCUCCCUUAUUCCGGUCGGAUGGGAUGAAGACCUUGCAGCUUGCUGAGAGCCAGGCUCUGUCUGUAGAGAUACACAGAUACGAUGAUCACGAUGUCAGUGUGAGAGUAUGAAGCCGUGGUUUCUUAGACGAUCCGUGGUUUGACCUUGAACCGGUGCCAGUGAAACAGCAGAUUACUUUUAUUUAUGCAUUUAAUGCAUUGAAGAGAAGAGCCUUGCCCCCGCCCCCUCUCCUCCACUCACUCUCUGCAACUGCAGUAAAGGAAGGGAGUUGGAUAUACCUCGCCUAAUAUCUCCUGGGGUUGACACCAUCGUUAUUGUUUAUUCGCGUGCUCCAAAAGCUGGGUCCUCUGAUGGCUCCCUUAGGUGAAGUUGGGAACUAUUUCGGUGUGCAGGAUGCGGUACCGUUUGGGAAUGUGCCCGUGUUGCCGGUGGACAGCCCGGUUUUGUUAAGUGACCACCUGGGUCAGUCUGAAGCAGGAGGGCUACCCAGGGGACCCGCAGUCACGGACUUGGAUCAUUUAAAGGGGAUUCUCAGACGGAGGCAGCUCUACUGCAGGACUGGAUUUCACUUAGAAAUCUUCCCCAACGGUACUAUCCAGGGAACCAGGAAAGACCACAGCCGAUUUGGCAUUCUGGAGUUUAUCAGUAUAGCAGUGGGCCUGGUCAGCAUUCGAGGCGUGGACAGUGGACUCUACCUCGGGAUGAAUGAGAAGGGGGAGCUAUAUGGAUCAGAAAAACUAACCCAAGAGUGCGUAUUCAGAGAACAGUUUGAAGAAAACUGGUAUAACACAUACUCCUCAAACCUAUAUAAACAUGCGGACACUGGAAGACGAUACUAUGUUGCAUUAAAUAAAGAUGGAACUCCAAGAGAAGGGACCAGGACUAAAAGACACCAGAAAUUCACACAUUUUUUACCUAGACCAGUGGACCCGGACAAAGUACCUGAACUAUAUAAGGAUAUUCUAAGCCAAAGUUGACAAAAGACAAUUUCUUCACUUGAGCCCUUAAGAAAAAAAAAAAAAGUAACCACUCUAUAAAAUGAUUUCAUGCGGUGGGUUCUCAUUGAUUAGCUGUGUCAUCUCCUCGGCUCCACUGUUGCCAAACUUUGUCGCAUGCAUAAUGUAUGAUGGAAGCUUGAAUGGGAACAUGCUGAUUUUGUUCUGCACUUAAAAGGUGAGUCCUCUCUGAGGGCUGCCUGGGGCCACUUGCUUGAUUUAUUUGUGAAAGGUGAGAGGGAAAGAGAGAGGAGAAUGGGAGAGGGAGAGAGAAUGGGAGAGAGAUUGGGAGAGAGUAGCAGGGCAAAUCAAAGACCCCAGAGAACAGAGACGACGCCUGAUGCAUGCUGGGAAAUAGACACGCUUUUCCAUUUUUGAUCAGCUGAACUCCAUCGUCCAUCAGCACAGCUGCCAUACUUCAACUCAUCAGGAUAUUUUGGCUGGUAGCCUGACGUUUAAGGGUACACUGCGUUUUCAGAGGCAUGGAGGGUGCAGUCUUACUUAUAAAAAAACGAAAAACAAAAACACACACACAAAAAACUUUUUCAGUUAAUUCUCACUGGUAGCAUCCCAGUGAACUUAAAAGCAAA